CGUAACACAUGUCUUGCUAUUGAAAAUUAUAGAAAUGUAUUUCUGAAGUGGACGGAGCAGAAGGAGAAGAUAACAAUGCUUUAUGUGUUGAAAUCACUUUGUAAACUUUUUGUAGUUUUACUCUUACAAGUUCAUCUUCAGUUAUGUGUCGAUGUAGAAGAAUUUGCUGAUGCAACUUUAACAUGCAAUGCACUAAGUUUAGUACAGUACAGUCAGUUGACCUGGUAUCAAAACACAAUUCGAAAAUGUAGCUGUUAUUGGAAUGGAUCAACGGGUUAUUGUUCAUGCGUCGCGCAAAAGUACACAUCCAACAUUACAAACGGAUUGUCUUAUCUAACCAUACAAAACUCGACUUUAAACGACUUCGGAUUGUGGAGAUGUGAGGUGUCUCCAACUUAUACAGAAUAUAGCGACCUUGUAGUUGUAGCUCGAGCUAGUGGUGUGAAGUGUGAUACCGGUUUUAGUGUGGAUUUUCGACUGCUAGUACUUACUUGUGUUACUGAGAAAAUAUUCCCUAGUGCAGUAUGUACAUUCCAAAAGAACACACCAUUUUACUCUUAUCCGACUACAUACAACCAUACGAAAGAUUCCAAUGGAUAUUAUAAAUCUACGUGCACUGUUAGAGCUCCAAUGAAUAGGCUAACACCAGGACGGGUCAACAUUAGUGCUGACAUGUUUCCAAGCGAAAGUAGCACACAAUAUGCAGUUUCUACUUUAAGCUAUAUUGAGCUAACAUACCCAGAGCCGAUGUUAACCAACUGUCCUUCAUCUGACAAGAUAGCCAAUAACAGUUUCAUCAAAUUUGGAACCAAUGCUACAUGUACUUGUACGACCAAACAAACAGGGAACCCGCCAGUAAAGGCAUAUUGGAAUGGAACUAUGUCAGACAACGCUAGUGGUGUUCUAGUAAUUGAUACUUUGAACAGUGAUACGCAUUUUGUGCUGUUAAGAAAUGUUAUUCUUUUUUUAAAUGAAACUGUAUUAAUCAUGUGUUAA